GUAGUUGAAUGUUCGGCACGUGCCUAUUGGUGAGCUAUGAGCUGUGACGAGCACCCCCGCAAGCCUCCACCGUGAUAGUGGAGCUGCGCAUUUACACCGAGCCUCCCAUCUUUCCACUCUCAUACUAUUACUCUUGGAGACGUUCACUCCUUCUGUAUUUCAUUUGAACCCGCAACAAACCGGGACACAGCGACUCUUACACGAGGCUUUCCCUUCCUUCUACUCGCUCUCUGCCCACCAUGGCGGAGCUCACAAGCACGAAGCUCAAUGCGGAGUCGCAUCUCCUUCUCGACCAACCCCUCCUCCGCAUGCCCUACGAGCUCUCGCGGCGCAACUUCAAAAACGCCCAGCGCGUCAUCGAACACUCGUCCAGCGCACUCACCACAUCUCUAACCGCCGCCACCAAAGCCGCCUCCAAGAACACCUCCUCAGAAGCCACACUCGACUCUCUCGACACCAUGAUAAGCAAGAUGCACAACCUCAAGCGCAAACUAGAAACCCUCCACGAAGAAGAAGCGCGCACCCACCGCUCCACAAAAGCGCGCUUACAACACCUGCAAGACCUUUACGAAAUGCAAAGCCUCGUCGACGUCAAAUACGAUGAAUGGUCUCGCACGCGCCUAAGCCGGUUACUCGUGGACUACCUGUUAAGAGAGGGGUAUGCAGAGAGCGCGGCGUGUCUAGCGAAGAGCAAAGGGAUUACAGAACUUGUGGAUGUAGAUGCAUUCGUUGCGUGUCACAAGAUUGAGAGGAGUUUACGGGAAGGUAUGAGUACGACGUUGGCGCUUGAGUGGUGCAAGGAACAUGGCAAAGAACUUAAGAAGGGGGGCAGCCUGCUCGAAUUCGAGCUCAGGUUACAGCAGUAUAUUGAGUUGGUGAGGCAGGGGCACGAGGCCGGCUUGAGCGGUAUGGAUGGAUUGGAGACACAAGAUGACGGUAUGCAUGGAGUCAGCAUAGGGGGCGGAGGUGGGGAAACGAAGUUGAUGGAGGCAAGGGCGCAUGCUAAGAAGUAUCUGAGUACGAGUGGGGAUUUUGAAUUGAUGAGGAGGGCGGCGGGCAUGUUGGCGUAUAGGCCGUGGGAUGAGGUGGAACCUUAUGCUUCUUUCUACUCGGCAUCGCGAUGGUCGCAUCUAGCCGAUUGCUUCGUCGCGACUCAUCACACCCUCUACGCCCUGCCCCCGCGGCCGCUCCUGCACGUCGCUUUGAGCGCCGGUCUCUCCGCGCUCAAGACACCCGCCUGCCAUUCCGCCUACACGCCCUCCUCCACAAACGCCGCUUCAUCCACCACAACGGUAUGCCCAAUCUGUAGUACCGAACUCAACGAGCUGGCGCGCAACGUUCCCUACGCCCUCCAUACCAAGAGUAUCGUUGAAGACAGUCCCGUAGUAUUGCCCAACCAUCGCAUUUACGGCUCCGAGAGACUGCGCGUCUUCAACGAGAAAGUUGGAACGGGAGAAGGCUUCGUGAGGGAUCCGGCGGAAGGACUGAGCGGCAAGCAGUGGCCUGAGAGCGAGGUCCGGAAGGUUUAUGUUAUGUGAUGUUUUGUCUCUCUUUCUUUCUUCUAGCGGCACUUGUAUGAUAGUCCGGUAUAGCGUGGCGUUUUGGUAUGGGUAUCUGCUCGGUGUGGAAUGGGUCGGCGUACCUGGUUCUUUCAUGUGUAGAUA